UUAACUUGUCAACCAUACGCGCCUUUUUAUCUCGACCCGGAUAAGUACCUGUCAGUCGUCUGUCACUCUUUCGCCGGCGGAGAUAAUUUGGCAGAAGAAUUCUAUCAGAUUUAGAGAGAGAAAGCGCGGAAGAUGUACGGAUUCGAGGCAGUGAGCAGUAGCGACGAUGGAGGAGUGAAAGGUGAUAUAGAGGAGGGGACUUUGUAUCCGGGGCUAGGGUACGGAGAGAAUCAGCUGCGAUGGGGUUUCAUCCGCAAAGUCUACGGCAUCCUCGCCGCUCAGAUCCUCCUCACCACCGUCAUCUCCGCAAUCACCGUCCUCUACGCUCCUGUCAACGAGCUCCUCCGGAGCAAUUCCGGCCUCCUUAUCUUCCUAAUUUUCCUCCCUUUCAUCCUCUUGUGGCCUUUGCAUGUGUAUCAGCAAAAGCAUCCAUUGAACUUCGUCUUCCUUGGACUUUUUACGGCUUCUCUGAGUUUUACCGUUGGCAUGACCUGUGCUAACACAGAUGGUAUGAUUGUGCUCGAGGCUUUAAUCUUGACAUCAGCUGUAGUUUCAGCUUUAACUGGGUACACUUUCUGGGCUGCUAAGAAGGGCAAAGACUUCAGCUUCAUGGGACCAAUUCUGUUCACCAGCCUUUUCAUACUCAUCUUGACUGGCUUCAUGCAGGCGUUCUUCCCUCUUGGCUCUACAUCAUCUGCCAUCUACAGUGCAAUCGGUGCUAUAAUUUUCUGUGGAUACAUCGUGUAUGACACAGACAACUUGAUCAAGCGGUUUACGUAUGAUCAGUACAUCUGGGCAUCUGUCACUUUGUAUCUGGAUGUCCUCAACCUGUUCCUUACCAUUCUGCGGAUGCUUAGACAGGGAAACAACUGAGUUUGCAAUGCCCUGAUCUGUGUACCAAAAUCCAUCCCCUGAAUAAAUGCUUUACUUUUCAUUACUAGUAAGACUGUUGUGUAGAUAUAAAUCAUAAAUGUUUCCUACUCUCUCUACUCAAACACUAAAAAUUCUAUUGUGGAAUGGAAAUUGUUUUGCUCA